UAUUCGUUCUUUCCCCACCUACCUACUGAAAGUGUUACCUUGUCAUCUUUUAUGUUACUAAAAACUUAAAAAAAAUUGUUGCCAAUGAUGAACUGCUGGUUAUAUCCAUUUCUAAUCUUGAUGUUGCUUAGCUUUCAAAGCCUUUCAAUAGCACAUGAAGAUCCGUCUUACAGGAAAGUACAAGUGGGAGUGAUUCUUGACAUGGAAUCAUGGACAGGGAAGGUCGUUUAUCGUUGCAUCAGCAUGGCUAUUUCUGACUUUUACACAGCCAAUCCUCACUACACAACAAGAAUAGCUUUUACAACCAGGGAUACCAAAGGAGAACCACUGCGUGCCUUGUCUGCUGCUCUGGAUCUUUUGGAGAACACUAAAGUGCAAGCGAUAAUAGGUCCCGAAUCAGAAGCAAGAUUCUGGAGGUUUUUGAACACAAGGCUAACAUACCAAUUCUUUCCUUUUCAACAAGUCCCAUUCCAAAUCGUAAUCCUUAUCUUCUUCAAAUUUCACAAGAUGAAACCACUCAGUUCAAAGCCAUUGCUGCGAUGGUUGAGUCGUUUAAAUCCACGGAUGUGAUUGUCAUCUGUGAGGACACUGCAAAUGGGAGAGAAAUGACUAGUUAUAUGGUUACUGCGUUUCAAGAAAAAAACAUAUAUGUUAUGUAUACUAGCUUCAUUUCAGCCUCUUCCAACAAUGAACAAAUGUGGGAAGAGCUUCGUAAGCUUCAAACUAUGCAAGCCAUGGUGUUUGUCAUGCAUACAUCACCUUCUCUAGCAUCCAAUCUUUUCUCCAUGGCAAAAGAGCUGGGAAUGAUGGGUGAAGGAUACAUGUGGAUUGUAACAAGUAAGACUACAAACUACUUGGAUUCCAUGGAUUCUGAAGCAAUGGAAUCAAUGCAGGGGGCUGUGGGUUUCAGAUCGUAUGUUCCAACAUCAAGGGAGAUCCACAACUUUGUUUCAAAAUGGAGAAAGGAACAUUAUGUUUUGGAACCUUUUAUGGAGUUUAAGGAGGUAGAUUUUAAUGGUAUAUGGGCAUAUGAUGCAGCUUACGCUCUAGCCAUGGCUGUUGAAAAGGUACAAACUUCAGAAUUAGCUUCGAAAGAGUUGGGUACCAAUAUUGGCACAUCACUUUUGGAUGAGAUGUCAAGAGUCAAGUUCCAUGGUUUAGGUGGUGAAUUCAAGCUUAAGAAUGGAAGAACCAUCUCCAAAGCCAUGGAAGUCGUAAAUGUGAUUGGUAAGGGUGGUAGGAGAGUCGGGUUCUGGAUGAUGGCUACGGGUGAGUUUUCCCAAGAAAUAAAGAAAUCAAAUUCCUCUUCCAAUAGAAAAGGCCUUGAAGUUAUUAUCUGGCCAGGUGGGACUAUAACAUUUCCAAAGCGUAGAAAGCUACAAACAAAUGGCAAUAAGAAGCUGAGAAUUCUGUUUCCAGGUUCCAGCAGAUUCCAAAAUAUAGCACAAAUAAGUGUGGAUCCAAGAACAAAUCGAUCGACUGCAAGUGGCUUCUGUGGUGAUGUUUUCAAUGCUGCAUUUAACGCCUUGGACUAUGGAGUAGGGAUUGAGGUUGUUCCUUUCUCUUAUAAGGAUGGAAUUACUUACAGUGAUGUGAUCCAAAAAAUCUAUCUUAAGGAAUAUGAUGCUGCUAUUGGAGAUAUAACAAUCACACCAAAUAGAUCUCUUUACGUUGACUUCACAUUGCCCUUCACUGAUCUAGGAGUUGGCAUAAUAGCCCAAAACGCCAAGAACAGCAUGUGGAUCUUUUUAGAUCCUCUUAGUGCAGAUCUUUGGAUCACAAGUGCUUUUUUCUUUCUUUUUUUGGGGUUUGUGAUUUGGUUUAUAGAACAUCGUACAAACAAUGAAUUUCAAGGUUCAACAAGACAGCAAAUUGGAACAACCCUCUGGUUUGCCUUUUCAACCCUUGUUUAUGCUCACAGGGAGAAACUGCAAAGUAAUCUAUCAAAAUGUUGA